AUGUCAUCUCCUGCUUCCUCUUCAAUGUCACAACACUAUACCAUUCUUUUCAUUCAUGGUUGGGGCUCAAGUGCUUCUCUUUUUGAAAAGUAUUCGAAACCUUUCAGAGAACAAAUAACCUCUGCAGAUGGUUUACAAUCCACACAAUUUCUAUUUGUCAACGCACCUAUGGAAAUGGAAGAAUUGAUAGGAAACAAUCCCAAAGAUCAACGAUCAUGGGUUUAUCUUAGAGAAAAUAGAUCCGUUUACUAUCAUUGGAAAGCAGGUUUGUUGAGUUUAUUAAAUCAAGUCAAGAAGGCAAAAGAGGAAGGAAAGCAAGUGAAUGGAAUUUUAGGUUUCAGUCAAGGAGGAAUGUUGUCCACCAUUUUAGGAGGAUUAAUAUCCUUAGAAAUGAAUGGACUACUUGAAAAACAGUAUUUACCACCCUCACUCUACGAAUUUCCUCAUCCUCAUGAUGAUGACUCGACUAAUUUUGACGAUAUCAUUCAAGGGAUUAGAGAAAAUUUCUUUACCUAUGAAGGUUCUCACAAAGAAUGUCUCAUUAAAUUUAUUGCGUUUGUUGGAGCUUUUAAACCUAACGCGGUUCAAGUUCGGGAGAUGUUGGAUGUGUUAUUCCAUAAGGGUUUGAAAUUCAGUGGUUUUAAAUCAUUGGUUAUUUAUGGACGGAAUGAUGAGUUGGUUGUGCCUGCUUCUACUCAAGCCAUUGCCGAUGACUGGAUCAACAAGGAAGAGUGUCAAGUGUUGGCAUUCGAUGGACGUCACGAACUUCCCGUUGGUGAACAGGAAAAGGCAGAACUGAUUCAAUUCAUUAGAAAAGCGUGGAAUCAAUAA